UUUCUUUAAAAUGGCCGCGCCCAGUGCUUUGUGAAGAAACUGCAGAAAUGAAAGGCAUCAAAAGGUUUCUGAGCCUUUUAUCCAAGAACAACAAAACGGCAUCCGUGAGAGUCAACAAGUCGCAAGACGUGGUCAGACCGCAAGAUGUAGCACGUCUGUCCAGCGUCGCCACGCUCGUGUCGCCGCCUGAUCCCGUGUCCAAUCUGAGGCACGUGAAACUUCGUGUCCCAGAAAACGAGUCCCCUGCAGAAGCGCAGUUCAGGAUGCAAUACGCCGCUGUCCAGGAUUGGAACCAGGAGUACUGGACAAAACACAACACUGACUUUCACAGGAAGAAAGAUGAGUUCACUCGAAGAAAGUUGGAGGAGUACAGCAGGCAAGGUAUCAAGAAAGAAAAUGUACCAGCUGAAGAGAUGGCAGAGUUUUACCGAACUUUCUUAAAUGACAACCACCAGAAGCAUAUGCAGUACAACUGGACUUGGUACAAGAAAAACUUCGGUCUCCUGUGGCCUGCAAUCAAAAGCAAUUGGGCAUACUACAGCAGGGAAUUUCAAAAUGGUGUCUUUCAAAAGAUUCCUUAGGUGUAUAGAAAUAAAUGUAACUAGUCUUCCAAGUUUUGAAUCAAG